AUGUCAGUCGCUUCUGCUUCCAGUCUAACAACUAUAUUCAACGGCGUCAAUUGGUCGUUUAACUAUGUUAUACUACCGAUUUGUUUCAUAUUGGGAAAUUUCGGUAAUUGUCUGAAUUUGCUGAUCUUUGCACGACCGUCAUCACGAUCAAACUCAUGUUUUCUUUAUUUUCUAUCUGCAUCGGUUAUCAACGUAAUUAUACUGAAUUUCGGUCUUGUACUUCGUUUACUGCGUGGCUUGUGGAGUAUUGAUCCUGCGCUAACCUUAUUAUGGUUUUGCCGUUUACGUACCUAUUUGAUAGGAGCAAGUUUUUUAAUCUAUCGAUUAUCGAUCCUGUUCGCCUGUGUUGAUCGAAUGUGUGCGAGUUCCCGCAGUGCAUGGAUACGAAUGGAAAGUCGUCCGAAAGUUGCUCAUCGUUUGAUCAUAUUGAUAUGGAUCUUUUGUGUCAUCUAUUUAUCACCAUCUCUAAUAUAUCAGACGAUAGUCUAUGGUCAAUGUUUGGCACCACCGAACACGAUUUAUGCAACUUACUCAACUAUAUCCACUUUGAUUCAAGGAUUGUUCAUUCCUUCGAGUAUGAUUCUGUGUGGUGUCAUUACUUUUCUUCAUUUGAAGACGAUGCAAAAACGAGUUGAACCACAACAUCAUCUCACAGGACAAAAUGAGCGUCACGUCCUCGGUCAAUACCUUGCGAUGUUAGUUGUCCAAGUUAUUACCGAUUUCUUAUGUAAUAUAUUGUACCCGGCUUAUUUAAUCUAUAAUCUUAUCUAUCCAGCACCAACUCCGACAACUUUAUUCAUUUUGAAUCUGGCAUUCACAACACCUUAUUUAAACUUCGGCGCCGCAUUUUAUUUGUAUACAUUAUCAAGUCCAAAAUUUCGUCGUAAAUUAGUUCGUGUUUUGAAACAAAUCAAAUGGAUUCGUGAAAAUUCACCGGAUGAUCGAAGUCAUGGACACACCGCAACUGUAGCUUCAUUGCGUCAUCAACCAGUUAUAUCUGCUUUGUAUGCAUAG